AUGCUUGUUCGCCUUGUUUUCCUUUUAUUAUUGAUUUCAAUGGUAUCUGCUCAAUGGGGCGGAAUGGGAUGGGGUGGAAGAGGACUGUUUCGAAGACGCUGGGGUAUGAUGAGACCGUUUGGUGGAAUGGGUGGACUUGGAGGACUUGGAGGAAUGGGAGGAUUGGGAGGAUUGGGAGGAAUGGGAGGAUUGGGAGGAUUGGGAGGAUUGGGAGGAUUGGGAGGAAUGGGGAUGUUCCAACAACCGCUGUUGGCUCGAAUCGGGACCUUCCUUGGA